AUGUCGUUUGCUGCUCGCAACCUCUCUCGUGCUUUGGUUCGCCGUACCCCUGCUGUGGCCGCCCGCCGUAAUGUGGUGACCGUUCCUCGUUUGGGCACCAAGGAACAAAUGGAAAAGGAGGCCAUUGAGCAAAUCCGUGCUCGAUUGUCUUACCAAAAGGAAAUCAUGGAGGCCAACCCCCACAAGUCUCAUGCCGAAGAAUGGGCCGAACUCUGGACUUGGAUCAAAAUCUCGAUCUUCUUUUGCGGACCCCUCUGUAUCUUUGCGGUCACCAAGGAUUUGCUGAUUGAGGAGCACCACCACCGCCCUACCGAAGGCAACCCCGAAUACAUGGGCAUCCGAAACAAGGAGUACCCAUGGGAAUGUGACAGCUGUGAUUUGUUCGAUAUGGACUGCUGGAAGAAGUGCCGUGCUGACAAGCUUGCCGGUAACUAA